AUGCAUAGUUUUUAUGUUGACAAUUGUGUCAGUUGUGUUAAAAAUGAAGAAGAACUCAAUCAUUUCAUUAGUGUAUCAACUGAGGUAAUGGCUGAGAGAAAAUUUGAGCUUAGAGGGUGGGAGUUCAAUGAUAUUAAUGCUGAUGCUUCUGCUGAUACAAAUGUGCUCGCUCAUAGAUUGUUUGAUCCUCUUGGUAUAUGUUGUCCUGUUAUCCUUAUCCCUAAGUUAUUGCUUCAAGAAACUUGGAAGCAGAAGAUAACAUGGGAUGAAGAAGUUGAUACCUGUACGAGAACUACAUUUUUAAAAUGGUUGAAAGAUAUUGACUAUCUGGAAAAGAUCCAUUUUCCAAGAUAUUUUGGUUCAAGGAGAGUAGAGUUACACCCAACUGGAAAAGAAGAAACUACUAUCGCGAGAUUGGAAUUACUUGCAGCUACUAUAGCGUCUCGCCUUUCGUCCUCAAUUUUGUCUGAGAUACAGAGUGAAGAAGUUUACUUCUGGACUGAUUCUUCUACUGUUUUAGCCUGGAUAACGAGAGAAGAAGCCUGGAGUGUAUUUGUCCAGAAUAGGGUGAAGGAAAUAAGAAGACUAACAAAUAAAGAUUCUUGGAGACAUAUUCCUGGUUGCAUGAAUCCAGCUGAUCUUCCGAGUAGAGGUUGUUCAGCUCUCUCCUUAUUGAAAUCUCAGUGGUGGUUAGGUCCAAGUUGGCUUUACUUGCCUGAAGAAGAUUGGCCUAAAGGUGACUUAAAUUUAGAUGAGACUGAGAUUGUUAGAGAAAAGAAAAAGAGCAUAGUUUCUUCUGUAACAAAAUGUUUAGUUUCUGCAUGCUUGGUUACCAAGAGAGACUGGUAUUACAGAUAUUUUUCCCAAUACAAAAGGAUAGUUAAUCUAAUUGCCUGGAUCCUAAGAUUCACCUCCAAUUGUCGAACUGAAAAAACAGUGAGAAAGCAUGGAAACCUUGAUUCUGAUGAAAUUUUUGAGGCUGAGAAGUUAUUGAUCAAAAUGGUUCAAGAAGAUUGUUUUGUGAAUGAAAAGGAUGAGAAAUUAAGAACUUUAGGAGUAUUCAAGGAUCAAAGUGGAAUCCUCAGACUAAAAACUAAACUUACCUUUCGUGAGGAUACAGAAGACUUUAAAACGCCAGCUAUUCUUCCAUCCAAUCAUGAGGUUGUCAAGAGACUAGUGCGAUACUAUCAUGAGAAAAAUGCACAUGCUGGUACUCAAAUUUUAAUAAAUAUUCUACGAGAGAGAUUUUGGAUUCUGAAUGCUCGUAAAACUGUGAGAUCUAUCAUCAAUCAAUGCACCGUGUGUAGAAGAUUUUCUGCAAAGAACCUAGAAACUUGUACUGGGGCUCCUCCAGAAGAUAGAUUACGAGAAGCAGCUGUAUUUGAAAUCUGUGGAGUUGAUCUUGCGGGACCAGUAAUCCUGAAAGGCAACAAGAAAUCUUGGAUUUGUUUAUUCACCUGCGCCAUUUAUAGGGCAGUCCAUUUAGAGUUGGUUGAAUCGAUGUCUACUGAGAGUUUUCUACUAGCUCUUAGAAGAUUUAUAGCUCGUAGAGGACGGAGCAGAAUCAUAUACUGUGACAACGGAACCAAUUUUGUUGGUGCUUCAAAUGUACUUCAAGACUUAAACUGGAAGCAAAUCACUGAAGACACAUCUAUACCACCAAUUCAGUGGAAGUUCAACCCACCAACUGCCUCCUGGUGGGGAGGCUGGUGGGAGAGAUUGAUAGGAAUUCUUAAGAAAUUGCUGAGACGAGUAUUAGGAAGAGCUUCGCUAACUUCUGAAGAAAUGAACACGACUCUCUAUAAUCAAAUAAGUGGUGUUCCAGAUCUUGAUGACAUUGGGCAUAAAAGUCUUAAUAAGCGAGUCAAAUAUAGAGAAAACUUGCAAAAGGAUUUGAGAAACAGGUUUAGGUCUGAAUAUUUAGGAGCACUUAUUCAAAAAGCAGGAAACAAAAAAUCUGUGAAAGUGAAUAUUGGUGAUAUUGUAUUGAUAGGAAGUGAUAACACCAAGCGAAUCAAUUGGCCAUUAGGUAAAAUAAUUCAGAUUCUUCCAGGAAAAGAUGGAAUUACAAGACUUGUCAAGCUUAAAACAGCUAAUGGACACUUGCUAAGACCAAUUCAAAGAUUGUAUCCACUUGAAGUUUCCAACGAUGAUCCCAUUAUUGAGAAAUUUUCAACCGCGAAGGUGGGAGGUGAAACCUGUGCCAUUUCUUCCUUUGAUAACGUGUGUGGACUUGAACCUCAGAUUCAAAAGACUAGAGCAGGUCGUACAAUCAAAGUACCUAAGAGACUGGACUUAUGA